AACGCGCGGAGCCCUUCGCCUUCUCUCUCUGUGUGGUGCGAGGAGGACUUGUUGAAGCGGCAGGUCACACGGGCCGCCUGCGUUUUGGCUCCUCCCGCCGCUGCUGCGCCGCUACCUGUAAAGCGCGUCGCUCUCUCGCUCGCCUCCAUCUGUUCGAGGCAGCCUCCGAGAAGCGCGCAGGGCCGUUUGGGGGGAGGCGAGGGGGAGCCUGGAGAGAGCCCCGAGACCAGGCAGCAGCUUGGCCCGGCAGGAGCCGUCCGUGCUCGGCCUCCAGCCGUGAGGGGAGCCCCUUCUUCUUCUUGGGGAGCCGAAGCCGCCGCCGCCUCCUCAGCGGCCGAAUCACAAGGCGCCGCUUUCCUCCCGCGCGCCCGGCGAGUCUCCUACGCCAGCUGCCCGGGAAGCUGAGGCGCGCAGCAACGGCGGGCUGGGCGCGUUGCUAACGGGCGGCGAGGAGGAGGAGGAGGAGGCGGCCGUGUAGCAGCAGCAGCAGCCGAGGAUGGCAGGCGAGGCGGCGGCCGCCGCAGCGACGACGCAAGCCCGACUGGGCGAGUGGAGGAGGCUGAAUUAGGAGAGAGGAAGGGGCUGGACUUGCCGGAGGGAGACGCCGAACGAGCAGGGCUGCGUGGGCUCACUCUCCGGUCGGUGGAGAGAGAGAGAGGGCGCGACUGACGAGGGGUCGCUCUCCGCCUUGGCGCUCAAAUCGUGAGGCGACCAAGGGACGAAUCCCGGAUCUCGGCCGGGACCUGCGCGCCUCUGCCCGCCUUCUCCCCUUCGUGGCGGGCGUUGUGAGGUGCCGGCGCGAGGGGUGGCUGCUGGCUUGAUUUCGGGGAGGGGGUGGGGGGAAGGGGGAGCCGCUGAUUUGGCCACCGGGAGGAGGCGGCGGCGGCGGCGCCUUUAUUUCCCGCUCGGUUCCCUUGCGCCGGAAUCUUGGAAGGCGGCGGCGAGGGCGCCAGAGCGAGAGGUGCCGAGCGGCGGCCGCCUGCCUGGACGUGCGCUGAGGCUCGGCUUGCGCGCCUCCCCGCCGAAGAGCAGCGCUAUGGCUGGGGAUGGGCUUGGCCGAGGGCGCUGGCGGCGGCAGCAGCAGCAGCGGGAGCUCCCCGGGGCCCCGGCGGCGCGCCCUGCCCGCUGUUAGCCAUGGCAAAUGGCAGCGGCGGCGGCGGAGGAGGCGGCGGCGGCGGCGGCGGCUCCAGCGGCUCCAGUAGCUACUACUCGGGAGGAGGCGGCGGCGGCAGCGGCGGCAUUAAGAUGAACAGCCCCAUCAGCGCCAGCAGCAACCUGAACGCGGACUCCUCCUCGGCGCCCGCCAAGGCGAUCAACGCGGUCAUCAUCCCCAUGACCAUGGAGGUCCCCUGCGACAGCGGGCAGCGCAUGUGGUGGGCCUUCCUGGCCUCGUCCAUGGUCACCUUUUUCGGGGGACUCUUUAUUAUCCUGCUCUGGAGGACCCUCAAGUACCUGUGGACCGUCUGCUGCCACUGUGGGGGCAAGGAGAAGGAGGUCCAGAAGAUAACCAGCAAUGGGGAGACCCAGGCAGAUGGGGACUUGAAACCCACAGACGAGAAAGAGGAAGUUGUGGCAGCAGAAGUGGGCUGGAUGACCUCUGUUAAAGACUGGGCAGGGGUGAUGAUUUCAGCCCAGACCUUAACUGGCAGAGUCCUUGUUGUCUUAGUCUUCGCUCUUAGUAUUGGUGCUCUUGUAAUAUACUUCAUAGAUUCGUCAAACCCAAUAGAAUCUUGCCAGAAUUUCUACAAAGAUUUCACGUUACAGAUAGACAUGGCUUUCAACGUGUUCUUCCUGCUCUACUUCGGCUUGCGGUUCAUAGCAGCCAACGACAAGCUAUGGUUCUGGCUGGAAGUAAACUCGGUGGUAGAUUUCUUCACAGUCCCUCCAGUGUUCGUUUCAGUGUAUUUAAACAGAAGUUGGCUGGGUUUAAGAUUUUUACGAGCUCUUAGGCUGAUACAGUUCUCAGAAAUUUUGCAGUUUCUGAAUAUCCUUAAAACAAGUAAUUCCAUCAAGUUGGUGAAUCUGUGCUCAAUAUUUAUUAGCACAUGGCUGACAGCAGCUGGAUUUAUACAUUUGGUGGAGAACUCAGGGGAUCCAUGGGAAAACUUCCAAAAUAACCAAGCGCUUACAUAUUGGGAAUGUGUUUAUUUACUAAUGGUUACUAUGUCCACUGUUGGUUAUGGAGACGUUUAUGCAAAAACAACCCUUGGUCGCCUUUUCAUGGUUUUCUUCAUCCUCGGGGGACUGGCCAUGUUUGCCAGCUACGUCCCUGAAAUCAUAGAGUUAAUAGGAAACCGCAAGAAAUAUGGUGGUUCCUAUAGUGCGGUUAGUGGAAGAAAGCACAUAGUUGUCUGUGGCCACAUAACUUUGGAAAGCGUGUCCAACUUCCUGAAGGACUUCCUGCACAAGGACAGGGAUGAUGUGAACGUAGAAAUUGUCUUUCUGCAUAAUAUCUCCCCUAACCUUGAGUUGGAAGCUCUUUUUAAACGACACUUCACUCAGGUGGAAUUUUUUCAGGGUUCAGUUCUCAAUCCGCAUGACCUGGCUAGAGUAAAGAUAGAGUCAGCAGACGCGUGCCUAAUCCUUGCCAACAAAUACUGCGCUGACCCAGAUGCUGAAGAUGCCUCCAAUAUUAUGAGAGUAAUUUCCAUCAAGAAUUAUCAUCCGAAAAUAAGAAUAAUCACCCAGAUGCUGCAGUAUCACAACAAGGCCCAUCUGCUAAAUAUCCCAAGCUGGAAUUGGAAAGAAGGGGAUGAUGCAAUAUGCCUUGCAGAACUCAAGCUGGGCUUCAUCGCCCAGAGCUGCCUGGCACCAGGCCUAUCGACAAUGCUGGCCAACCUCUUCUCCAUGAGGUCAUUUAUAAAGAUUGAGGAGGAUACGUGGCAGAAAUACUACUUGGAAGGAGUUGCUAAUGAAAUGUAUACAGAGUAUCUUUCUAGUGCCUUUGUCGGUUUGUCAUUCCCUGCUGUUUGUGAGCUGGUGUUUGCGAAGCUAAAGCUCUUAAUGAUAGCCAUAGAGUACAAGUCGGAACAACGGGAAAGCAGAAGCCGAAAGCGUAUAUUAAUCAAUCCUGGAAACCAUGUGAAGAUUCAAGAGGGUACUUUAGGAUUCUUCAUUGCAAGCGAUGCCAAAGAAGUAAAAAGGGCAUUUUUUUACUGCAAGGCCUGUCAUGAUGACAUCACAGAUCCCAAAAGGAUAAAAAAAUGCGGCUGCAAACGACUGAUCUAUUCCAAGAUGUCCAUCUACAAGAGAAUCAAACUGGCAUGUUGUUUUGAUUGCGGACGCUCUGAGCGUGACUGCUCUUGCAUGUCAGGCAGUGUGCAUAGUAACAUGGACACCCUUGAGAGAGCCUUCCCACUUUCUUCUGUCUCUGUUAAUGAUUGCUCCACCAGUUUACGUGCCUUUGAAGAUGAGCAGCAGCUGACGACACUCUCGCCCAAAAAGAAGCAGCGAAACGGAGGCAUGAGAAAUUCGCCCAACUCCUCACCCAAGCUGAUGAGACACGACCCCUUAUUAAUACCUGGCAAUGAACAAGUUGACAACAUGGAUUGCAAUGUGAAAAAAUACGACUCCACGGGAAUGUUUCAUUGGUGUCCAGCCAAGGAGAUUGACAAGGUCAUUUUGACUCGAAGCGAAGCAGCCAUGACAGUGUUAAGUGGCCAUGUGGUGGUUUGCAUAUUUGGUGAUAUGACAUCAGCGCUGAUUGGACUAAGGAAUUUUGUGAUGCCAUUAAGAGCCAGCAAUUUCCACUACCAUGAGCUUAAGCACAUUGUGUUUGUGGGCUCCCUUGAAUACUUGAAGAGGGAAUGGGAAACAAUGCAUAACUUCCCCAAACUCUCAAUCUUGCCUGGUACACCAUUAAGUCGAGCUGAUUUAAGGGCUGUCAACAUCAACCUCUGCGACAUGUGCGUAAUCCUGUCAGCCAAUCAGAAUAAUAUUGAUGAUACUUCGCUGCAGGACAAGGAAUGCAUCUUGGCGUCACUCAACAUCAAGUCUAUGCAGUUUGAUGACAGCAUUGGGGUCUUGCAGGCUAAUUCCCAAGGGUUUUCACCACCAGGAAUGGACAGAUCAUCACCAGACAACAGCCCGGUGCAUGGCCUUCUACGUCAGCACUCCAUCACAACAGGAAUUGAUAUCCCUAUUAUAACAGAAUUAGUGAAUGAUUCAAAUGUUCAGUUUCUGGACCAAGAUGAUGAUGACGACCCUGAUACAGAACUGUAUCUCACGCAGCCUUUUGCGUGUGGAACUGCAUUCGCAGUCAGCGUGCUGGAUUCUCUCAUGAGCGCAACAUACUUCAAUGACAAUAUUCUCACGCUGAUACGUACGCUGGUAACAGGAGGAGCCACGCCAGAGCUGGAGUCGCUGAUUGCGGAGGAGAACGCGCUGAGAGGCGGCUACAGCACACCCCAGACGCUUGCAAACAGGGACAGGUGUCGGGUGGCGCAGCUGGCAUUGCUAGAUGGGCCUUUUGCAGACCUCGGGGAUGGUGGUUGUUAUGGAGAUUUGUUUUGUAAAGCUUUGAAAACAUACAAUAUGCUUUGCUUUGGAAUAUACCGAUUGAGAGAUUUCAACCAAAGCACGCCUAGCCAAUGCACUAAGCGUUUUGUUAUAGCCAACCCACCUUAUGAGUUUGAGCUUGUGCCGACAGACUGGAUCUUCUGUUUGAUGCAGUACGACCACAAUGCUGGCCAGUCCCGGGCUAGUCUCUCCCAUUCUUCCCAUUCCUCCUAUACGUCUAGCAAGAAAAGCUCAUCGGUUCAUUCUAUCCCAGCAACCGCAAACCGACAGAAUCGAACUAAGACCAGGGACUCCCGGGAAAAGCAGAAUGCGACAAGGAUGAAUAGAAUGGGCCAAGAAAAGAAAUGGUUUACAGAUGAGCCGGAUAAUGCCUAUCCCAGAAACAUUCAAAUCAAGCCCAUGAGUACACACAUGGCCAAUCAGAUCAAUCAGUAUAAGUCUACAAGCAGCUUGAUACCACCAAUCAGAGAAGUUGAAGAUGAAUGUUGACUCACAGAAGGCCAGAACUAUUUUUUUUUAAAACAACGACUUGACAGACUUCAUGAAUGGUGAUGUGACAUUUGUUCCUCUUUCAUGCCGAACCACUGGUGGGAAAAGUUAAAGAAAGGCAAGUGUUUGCCAGAAAGCAAAGUAGACAGAUCUUUGUUUGUCUGCCUUUAAUAUUUGCUUCCAUGUAUUUUGGAAACUAUUUCAUUUAUAAAACAACAUAAUCAAAGCAGUCA